AUGGUAGACGAUUUUGCUGAUGCUGAAGCCAAGGAGAAGUCGACCGAUGCAGUAGAAGUUAUUAGGCGGAAUCCGCCUCCAUUUGUCGUAAGUUUUUUUGGUUUUUUCUUGCUUUUUAGGAUAUUUGGGAAUAGUAAUUGAUGGCUUGGAGGGCAGGAAGUGUUACACAUUGUUAAAUUUGUUAUAACAAGAAAGUAAAGGAUGUUUAGUUUGACACAUUGCGUUUUUGAAUCAAUGCGUUUAAUUUGAUCUUAGGUAGAUUAAGUGUAAGACCAGAAUUUACUGUUGGAAAAGUUAUAAAAGCAGUAUUAUAAAUAACUUUUCUAAUGGUUGAUUAAGAUUUGUAAAAUUCUUUGUUUAGAUAUUGUUUACUGAUAAUAUUACUUUUAAAUCAACUUUUUUACUAUUUUUCUUCAAUUUUUCACGUUUAUAUUAUUUUAGGUAGAAAGCCCAAUUGGUCCGGGUGAACAUCCGCUGGAGUACACAUAUACCUUUUCUUAUUUCCAACGUCCAACUGGUAAAUUUGACCCUGAAGACUAUGCUCACUUUGUUCAACCAAUAGCUACUUUCAAUUCCGUGGAACAGUUUUGGGAAGUCUACAAACACAUCAAACGGCCGUCAGGUAUGUUUUUAAAUGAUUAUUUUUUUAAGAUGUAGGUUUUUUGGUGUUUUUAAAAUUGUGUUAUUGGCAAAUAUUUUAAACAAUAAAGUUCUUUAAGUCAAUUAGAUAAAAUAAUACAUAAGCUUUCGUGGACCUUUAAAUUUUGGUUAGGCUGCUAUUAUUAAAGACUAAUGAAAUGAGUUUUAGAUAUCAACCGAAAGGCCGAUUUUCACUUGUUCAAGAAGGGAAUCAAGCCGGUCUGGGAAGAUUCGGCUAACAAAAAGGGUGGGAAAUGGAUUCUGAGGCUACGGAAGGGACUGUCUUCCAGGAUUUGGGAGAAUUUGUUGUUAGCGAUGAUAGGUACGUUUUAUUCUUUUUGCACUGUUAAUUUCUUAAAUUAGCAUUGAAAAGAGUGAAAUUUCGUAUGAUUAUUAACGAAACUGUUUUUCAGGAGAACAGUUUCUAGUAGGCGAAGAGAUCUGUGGUGCUGUUUGUUCAGUUCGAAACCAAGAAGACAUAAUUUCCUUGUGGAAUAAGACUGCCAGUCAUCAAGGUGUUACCAACCGCAUCCGUGACACAAUGCGACGUAUUCUGAAUCUGCCGAACAAUGCCAUCCUCGAGUAUAAACGUCACGAUGACUGUCUGCGUGACCAGAGUUCCUAUCGACACACCGUUCCAGCAUGGGCACGUUAA